CCUGCCCAGUGGCGUAACUGCCAUACAACAAAGCAUGCAUGUGGGGGAGAGGGGGGCCCAGGCCGUGGGAUCGUACUCAUCCUCAUCAGUGCUAUAAAGUUCACCCCCUGAUGCAAACAAUCAGGAAAAGAAAUGAAGAAAAAUUCCUGUGUGAAUCUCGAUCAUCUUCUAGAGAAUUAUUCUCAGAUAGAAAAGAAAUUUGCUGAAAUCAAUGGAAAGAAUAUCCUUCUUGAAGUACAAAUUGAGAAAUCAAACAGAAUGUGGAAACUCAGCUGUGCUAAAGAAGCAGCCUAUAAAGAAGAUUGUGAGGCAUUACAGAAUGUCAUUAAAGGGCUACAGGAAACAGUUGAAAAACAGUGCAACAUCAGAGAUGAAAAUUUCAGUCUGAAGAAAAGCAUGAAAAUUUUAGAAGAAAAACUACAGGCGGCUGAUGAGGAUCAUAAGAAUAAAGUUGAUGUUUUAAAAACUGAAUUUGAAAGCAAGGAGGAAGGAUGCAAAGCACAGAUCCAGAAGAUCCACUCUGAAGUGUCUGCAAAAUUAAAGCUAAAAGAAGACGAAAACAUGAACUUACUCCGGAAAAAAGACACGGAGAUCGCAGAGUUAAAACAACAGCUUCAGAAUAAGGAAAAGGAGAUGCAGAAGGAGCUGAUAAAGCAGCAAAUAGAGUUCGCUGCCAAAUUGGCAAAAAUCGAAGAUAAAAAUUCCCGUUUCCAUCCAGAUACUAGUACAUUAUCGAAGAAUAUCUACAGAACGAAACUUCAGCAUUUGCAGGAGGAGAAAAACAAAGUAAUUGAAUCCCUGCGGAGCAAAAUCAAGGACUUGGAGCAACAAACCAGCAGUGGAAGUGAUUCUCGCUUGAAGCGACGUCGGGUUUAAAGUCAAAAACAACAUAGCAAGCUAAUGUGCUUCUCUGUUUAACAAUAUUAAGGCUGCAUUUUCUUCCUUAAAAUACAUAUUAUAGGUCUGUUUAAAGGUUUACAUGACUAGUUACUUUUAUUAAGCUGUACAUUUUGGUUUUGACAUAACUCCCAGCAUUCCCAAUCAGAACAUUUUAGGGCCUGUCAAUGAUUUAGCCCAGCCAUACCCAGUUUCAUCAAACUAUACUACUGAUUCACCCCAACUCCCUCCAAAUUCUACUAAGCACUGCCCACUUUCAGGUCUGCAGGUGCUGUCAUGUUGGAAUAAACAAUUGGCAGGUAGUUUCUAAUUGUGUGGCUUAUCAAUGAUAAUAUUUUUUAGUUGCUAUUCAGCUAAUCCUGGCAUUUAAACUAUUUCCAAUCUCAUGGGCCCUCAAAUUCAGCUAGUGAUCUGCAAAAGAGAUUUCACAACAAAUGGGAGAGGCUCUGACUACAAACAUUAAAUAUAAUAAAUAAAACCUAUUGGCAUGUUUAUUAAAAGGUUGAAAGAUCACUUUGUAUUAGUCUAGUCAAAAGGCAACUGGUUAAAAACCCCCAGUAAGAAUGCAAAGUUGCAAUCUUAUUCUUGUCAAGAAACCCAUUAACAACCAUUUACAGUUACUUCUGAUCUUAAGGGACUUCUUUUUUGCAAAUCUGCCCAACUGUGCCUUUCCCUAGUUUAGAAGAAUUAACGUUAUAGGGGUUAUUUAUCAAUUCCCUGGAUGCAACAACUAAGUACUAAUGGGAACAAAUUUGUGCCACUUGCUGCUCAAUACAGUGUCCAGGGUUUUCAGUGCAGCCUGCACUUUGCACCUUAUGCUGAAUCCAGAAGGCAGUAAGCAAAGGUCCAACGGCGUAUGGUGCUUUUUGGCACACAAAUGUACAGAAAUGAGAUUAGCCACAUUAAUGCAAAGACAAGCAGAUGACUAGUUUGUGUAGAAUUUUAUUGUUUAUAGAAAUACACUCUCACUUGGCUUCCCAUACUGCAUUAAUGCUACUUAGCAAUGCCAUAUAGGUUUAUUCAGGUUAUGUAGGAGUUUGUUUCCCUAGAAACCGUCAUUGAUUAUAGCAUUUACUAACAAUGCAGCCCAUCACCAAAGAACUUCCAAACCCUUCUCUAAAAGCACUACAAAAAGUUCAUACAUACAAAGAAUAAGACAGUAAUAU